AUGAAAAAAACUGAUGUCACUAAGAGUGUAUUGGACAUACACUCCAGUCCGACUGAUUGUCCUUUUAGGGAAUUCCGGGAUAGCGAACUUUCGGUGGAUUCAUGGGGACUGGGUCCACUGGAUUAUAAAUCUACCUUACGACUGGCCAAAGGAGUUUCGAGGACCCAUACCGAGCACAUGUGGGUGGACUCGCAGAUCCAACCACUCCCAAGAUCGGUGAUGAAACGCAUGCACGGCUGGGUUAGGGCCGAAGACUUGGCGCAGACUCUGUGGGAAGCAGAAGUUUCAAUCUUUGAUGAUAACAACGGUGGGUCGAUGUCCAUAUCAGAUAUCCAAUUUGCUUACUACCCAGUGCUGCAGAUGUCUUCGUUCUGCAGAAAAGUCCUAUCCUAUUGUUACAUACUGGAGAGAGCAGAGGAUUUUACUGCUAUUGGUGAAAAUCUGAUCCUUGUGCUGCAGGUGGAACAUCAGUGGGAGAACUUCGUAUUUAGCCUACCACCAGAAGGUUGGCGAGCACGAUAUCACAUUUACUCUCCAGGCUUGAAAUAUGGCGGUGGACAGCAACACAGACCCACGUUAUCCAAAAACGGAUGCUACCUCGUCAGACUAUACUACAUCGGUGCUUGGCGCUGUGUGUGGGUGAGCGACCAGAUUCCAGUCGAUGCGACGGAUUGCCCGUUGCUCCCGUUUGCACCUUUCUUCAGUCAAAACGCGAAACAGUCAUCUCAAGCUAAACCACCAAUUCCUUUUAUGUCCAACCCUACUGUUCUCUUGUGGCCUCUAUUGUUAUGCAAGGCCCUGUUAAAACUGGCUGCUCCUAGCAUGGAAGAUGUGGAUUCUCCUUUCACUGAGGAUCAAGUGCUCGAAGAAUUUGACAUCCUACAUGCACUCACUGGGGCUUUGAAUUUAACUUACAACUAUGAUGAUGCUGACCGACUAUGGAAACUGAUAACUUCAGAAGUACCACUAUUUUCAUGGGAUGAUGAUGAUGAUACUCUAGCAAGCACUAUCAGGCCUAAAACAAAGAAGUCUAAUGUAAAGGAAACUGCAGUUUUUAGGCAUAGGUCAAUUACAUCAAUUUUCAUUAAAGACACGAGAGAAUUGCCCCCAUACUAUUUACCUGGUAUAACACCAGCAUUUGAGAUGAGUCUACUCGUGACUAUGGCAAGAGACUUGCCGAUAAAGAAACCUUUACCUGAGCCAGAAGUUGCUCCAUGGAAACACUAUAGAUGGGUGGAUUGGGCUCGGAGUCAUGGUUUGUACGAAGCUUAUGAUUGUCCUAGAACGAAAUUUGUUAAAUUAAAUGGCUUAUUAAAAUUAUCACAGGCUCCUCAUUUGCUGGAUGUUCAGAGUACUGAUUCGAUAACAUUUGGUUUCCGAGAAGAGCAAGCUCGAACCAACCCUGCGGUCAGGAAGGCUGGUAAAGAAGGUACCCGAUCAGUUACGAAUCAAACGAUGUCUCCACAGCUCAAAGAAGAAUUGCGCGAAUGGGUUAAAUUUGAUACGAUAAUGAACGUCUUGAGGAACAUAAGUAUCCUAUGCUAUCCAUCGAUGUUUCAACUUAGUUCUAUAGCCAGCAACCCUUCGAUCCGUAUUACGAAGGCGCCUCCAAACAAGCAGCUUGAUAUCCCUGCUUCUAAAACAUCACCGUUAUAUCUUCAAAUAGACGGACCUGAAGAAAAUAUAUUAAAAAUAUCUUGCGGUAUGCUUCAUCCACGAGUGUUUCUUCAUGCUGGUCUACCAAUAGAUUGCUACGUAGAACCUGGUUAUGUGCUGAUAGAGAAGUUUAAGUGGUUCGAAGACUAUGAACUGCCAAAACCAAAAGCUUAUUUACAAACUCGAGGCUAUGAUGCAACGGAAGUAUCGUUCGAGCAAGGGAGACAUUUUUGUAGAUUAUGGAUUCAUUCGAGAGUUCCAUGGCAUGUGAUGACACUGAGUGAAUCUUCAAUAUGUGUGGGCACUCGUGACGUUAUCCAAGCGGCCGCAGUGCGUGAGUGUCCGUGGGCGGCGCGGUUUCUGAGCGCCCUUGGCUUAGCCUUUCAGAAUUUUGUUCGAAUAAGUAAAUCUGCUACAAUUGUAAAUACGUCCGAUAAGGACUUUUACAGAUCCUACCAACCUGACUUGGAUUGGAACCCUCAAGAAGUUGGUUAUGACAAAAGUCUACUACAUUGGAUGUUCCGUCAGGCGUUACAAUCGAUAUUGAAGAAAAAACUUGCACCAUACGAAUAUCGUUUAGUUUGUAUAUUUCUUCAACGUUAUCUGAAAGAUCCUGAUUUUGGAUUAUCCAGGAAUAUAACAUCUUAUGUGUCCACUACUCAUUGGCUGGCCAAUGACCCGUGCGACUGUAUGCCUGAAGCUGAAGAAUUAGAACUUUAUAGAUUUCAAUAUACUGAAAUUACACCUGAAGAUAUAGUAACUGAAUCGUUUAGACAAACCAUCUGCGAAACGGCUGAAGAGACUUUAUCGUGUGGCCAUCUGAAAUCCAUUAGAGAUAUGAAAAUAAGGCGGCAUGAAGCGGCGAAAAAGAUACAAGCGCUUUGGAGAGGAUUUAGGACGAGGAAAAUUAUUGAGGCUCGUGAAACUGUAACGCCAGAGAUCAUGAAAUAUCUAAUGGAUAAUGCAUUUGGUAAUCUUGAAGCUUUAUCAGGAUUGAUGAAUGAAUUCUUUAUUAUGUUCCCUGGUACCAAAAACGCGUACUCUGUAGCCUCUGCACUAGCCGGGACAUAUGGCUUGAAGCAACACACUGGCUCCACUCAUGUUUCCCCGCAAUGUGUUUGGAUUCCUUACUUCCAAGUCGUGUUCUACUGUCACGGUCCUGUUAAAGUCCAUCUCGAUCUCCAAAGUGUGGUCGGAACUAUUAAAAUUAAUAAUAUCAUAGAAGUUUAUAAUAACGACACAAAAACACUACUACCACAAGCGUAUAAUACACAUUUCACUUAUAAUUUUAAUCCAAAUAAUAAUGGGUAUACUAUUAUCGGCCAUGGAUCUUUGAAACAACCACUUAACAUCAACACCGAGGCCCAUUGGCAAUUGAACGUAAUGUCCAACAUUGCUAAUAUCUUUCACGUGUGCGAUAACGAUGUCGAUGGCUGCAAGGAUCAAUCUGUACCCUCGGCUACAAAGGUCCAUAUAGAGGAAAUAUAUCUUCCGAACCAAAGGAACAUUUUAGGUGGACUGCAAAUUUCUGUACACAAACAAGAAACGAUUUGUUUUAGGGCAUCAUCUACAACUCCAGAUCUAGAAAUGGUAGCAAUACUAAAAACGAGGAAUCGUAGUGGUGUUAUAGAAGAAGUGGCGAGAUACACUGGCAGAGGAGAGUUGUACUGGCCGUACAUCACAUUGCAAGGAGAACCAAAACCAACGCAUAAAACUAUCUUAAUUUCAAAUGCGUCUCCUGGUGAUUCAAGUAUGCGUGCCACACGAAGUGUUAGAGGCAGUAAACCUACAACUGCAACACUGAAGCAUAGAUCUACUUUUAAGAUAAGAGACACCAGUCUAGUACGGGAUAUAAAGACUUAUAUAAUAGAAGUCCGAGCACCAAAAGGAUGGCCACUAACAAUACCACAAUGGAGAAGGGUCAUAGAAAUUCAAAGUCAAUCCGGUUACAAAGACAUGCAUAGAAAAACAUUGAGAGAAAAGCAAUCAUUUCAAUCAAGUCUAAAGGAGAAGCUUGACAGUCCGAGGGUAAACGAUCCGCUACCCGGCGAUGCGUACAUUGACAUGGAGUGCUCACUGACUGUAGAAUCCGGGGCGACUGCUCGUCGUGACGAUACAAGAGACCUGGAGUUUAUUGCUGCAGCGAGAUCCUGGGAUGCCAAAGAUCCUGGCAGAAAUUCUAGAGGCGCAAAGAUUAGAAAAGAAUUUCGUGAGGAAUACAUAGAUAUGCCUACUCCACCAGUUACUGAAAUUGUUGAAGGGAAAUCCAAUGAGAUGUCUGAUUUUGUUUUCACUGACGAAAGCCAGGAUGCUCCGUCAAGUCGACAACUUCCAACUCCAGCUUCUAGUAGUCCUGUUUCAGCUGUACGUAUAGAAAUUAAAAAAGAUGAACAUAAGUCAUCAAGUAAGUCGUUAGAGGUACAGGAUGGAGCUAAAUACCUGACUAUGCCAGAUGUGUUGAAAGAUAAAUUCAAGCCCCUUGAUUUUAUACCUCUUUGUACGAGAGAACAAACUGAAGAAGAAUGUAUCGUGGUAACUCCAGAGAUGGCAGAAGCAUCUAGAAGGGCCCGGGACGCGCAGAUGGAAGCGGCUAUCGAACGAAUGAAUCAGCUCCAAGAUUACUACGAGACCAAUAUAUUAGAAGUGCAGAAGACGCGAUGUGAUAUACUUGAGAAACUUUUUGUCGAUUCACAGUGGACCCAGAGUUUAACUGAUGCGUUAGAGGCUAGGGAUCUAGCUCUGACUACGGCUGAAUCGAACAAAAAUGCCUCUCUCACACGUAGGAAGCAUGAAUCGAAAACAAAAUAGACGUUUCUACGAUUAGGAGAAAUUUAGAAGAAUAUUUUAUGUUCCGAUAAGAAGAAAAUGUUGAUUUGUUUAUUUAAUAAAUUAUAAUUUUUAUGUCAAUGUUAUAUGGUAUCGUCCUAAAGACGAAUUAAUGCUGUCGGAUGAUAAACAUUCCAAGGACAUAAUGAGUCAAGCAAUGUAAAAUAUCAGAACAUUUGGAAUCGUUACGUUUAGGUAUCACUUUCUCAUUACUUUCUAAAUUGUCGCAAAAUGGAACGUUAAUUAAACAUUACUCUGUAAAAAAUAGCAUUCAAGAAUAUUAACAAUUGCUGACAAUUGCUACAUUUAAAUAAAAUGGAGUUUAAUAUUAUUAUAACAAAACUUUUUGCACUAAUGAUACGUGGACGUAGUGGCACUUAAUGGACAUCUUAUUAUGUAUUAAUUAAGCUUGAUAUUAAUAA